AUGAGAGGCGAGAAAAACUACUGCCGUGGAGCUGCCGGAGACCACGGUUCCUGCCCCCCGACACCUUCACCUCUGGCCUCGACCCUCGUGAUGCCCGCGGAGGCAAUCACAAGUGGUUGGUCUGGGUCUGGAGGUGGUUUGGCAGGGGGAGACGAAGAGGAGACUCGGCUUCUUCAACUCCUUCGGACCGCGCCAGAUCCUUCCGAGGCCUUCCAGGCUUUGCAGGCUGCUUUGCCGCGGCGGGGCGGUCGACUCGGCUUCCCCCGACGGAAGGAAGCAUUGUAUCGGGCCUUGGGCCGAGUGCUUGUGGAAGGAGUUAGUGAUGAGAAGCGACUCUGCUUGCAGCUCCUCUCGGACGUUCUCCGGGGUCAGGGGGAGGCAGGCCAGCUGGAAGAGGCCUUUAGCUUAGCACUUCUGCCUCAACUUGUUAUCUCCUUAAGAGAAGAGAAUCCAGCCCUACGGAAAGAUGCGCUACAAAUCCUACAUGUCUGUCUGAAACGUAGUUCUGGACAGGUGCUGAGAACGCUUAUACAACAGGGACUGGAAAGUACCGACGCCCGACUUCGAGCUUCCACAGCAUUACUGUUCCCCAUCCUGCUUACUCCUGAGGAUUUGUUGUUCAGCUUAGAUCUCACCGAGGUAAUAAUAUCCUUAGCCAGAAAGCUUGGCGAUCAGGAGAUAGAAGAAGAAUCUGAGACUGCUUUCUCUGCACUUCAGCAAAUUGGGGAACGACUUGGCCAAGAGAGAUUUCAGUCCUAUAUCUCUCGCCUGCCAUCUGCGUUGAGGAGACACUACAAUCGCCGCCUGGAGUCUCAAUUUGGAAGUCAGGUUCCUUAUUAUUUGGAACUUGAAGCCUCUGGAUUUCCUGAAGAUCCUCUCCCCUAUGCAGUGACUGUUUCCAACAGCAAUCUUAAAUUUGGGAUUAUUCCUCAAGAGCUUCAUUCAAGGUUGUUAGACCAGGAAGACUAUAAGAACCGGACUCAGGCUGUUGAGGAACUAAAACAGGUGAUGGGAGGAGUUAACCCUAGUUCUACCCCUCAUUCCAGUCUUGUCGGUUUCAUUAGCUUGUUGUAUAAUUUGUUAGACGAUUCAAACUUCAAAGUGGUCCAUGGCACACUUCAGGUCCUGCAUUUACUGGUUAUUCGCCUUGGAGAGCAGGUACAACAGUUCUUGGGACCAGUUAUAGCAGCUUCUGUCAAAGUGCUAGCAGAUAACAAGUUGGUAAUCAAACAAGAAUACAUGAAAAUCUUCCUCAAGCUAAUGAAGGAAGUAGGUCCUCAACAGGUGCUUUGUUUACUCCUGGAACAUCUCAAACAUAAGCAUUCCAGAGUGAGAGAGGAGGUAGUGAACAUUUGCAUCUGCUCCCUCCUGACUUAUCCAAGUGAAGAUUUUGACUUAACCAAACUGUCUUUUGAUCUUGCCCCAGCUCUUGUAGAUAGCAAACGCAGGGUACGCCAAGCAGCUCUUGAAGCCUUUGCUGUGUUGGCAUCGUCAAUGGGCUCAGGUAAAACCAGCAUCCUUUUCAAAGCUGUGGAUACUGUUGAACUGCAAGAUAAUGGAGAUGGAGUGAUGAAUGCUGUGCAGGCCAGAUUGGCUAGGAAAACCCUCCCAAGGUUAACAGAACAGGGAUUUGUGGAAUAUGCAAUACUUAUGCCAUCAUCUGCCCAGGGUAGGUCAAGUCAUUUGGCACAUGGAGCAGAUACAGAUUGGCUUUUGGCUGGUAACAGAACUCAGAGUGCACACUGUCAUUGUGGUGACCACACAAGGGACAGCAUGCAAAUUUAUGGAUCUUACAGUCCAACCAUAUGUACCCGAAGGGUAUUAAGUGCAGGAAAAGGAAAAAAUAAAUUACCAUGGGAAAAUGAGCAGUCUGGAGUCAUGGGAGAAAACCAGACCUCCAAUCCCAAGGAUAUAGAACAGUUUUCAGCAUAUGAUUUCAUCCCAUCUCCAAAAUUAAAGCCCUCUCAAGGAAUGCCAGUCAAUGAUGAUUUAUGUUUUAGCAGAAAAAGAGUGUCAAGAAACUUAUUUCAGAAUAGUCGGGAUUAUAACCCAGAUUCUCUUCCUGUGUGUGCUGCUGGCAGUACUGGGACUCAUCAGACAAAUGUUUCUGGGAAAUGUGGACAACUUGGAUUUUCACAGAUAUGUGGGAAAACUGGCAGUGUGGACUCUGACUUACAGUACCUGGGGACAACUACUAGUCUUCAAGAUAAAGCGUAUGCUAGCCUAAAUUUUGCUCCUAAGACACAACAGACAUUUGGUACCCAAACAGAACGUACUUCGUCAUACUCUGGUCUAAAUCCAAGUCCAGGAGGCUUCAUCCUUCCAUCCUAUCCUGUCUCAUCACCUCGAACUAGUCCAAAGCACACAUCUCUUACUGUAUCUCCAAAGAAGUCUCAGGAUAAUUGCAUCAAUUUCUCUAAUUCCUGGCCUCUUAAAAGCUUUGAGGGACUACCAAAGCCAAGUCCACAGAAAAAGCUUGUCAGCCAAAAAUCGUCUGACCCUCCAGGUAUAAAUGAUGGAGAAAAUUCUCAAGAAAAACUAUCUCCAGUUCAACUUACCCCUGCCUUGGUGAGAUCACCAUCUUCCCGCCGAGGCCUAAAUGGGACCAAACCUGUCCCUCCCAUACCAAGGGGAAUCAGCCUUUUGCCUGAUAAAGCUGACUUAAGCACAGUGGGACCCAAAAAGAAAGAACCUGAUGAUAUUUGGAAGAGUGAAAAAGAUAGUCUUACAAUCGAUCUUUCAGAAUUGGAUAUCAGAGAUAAAGAUUUGGAUCAAGAAGAGAUGCAGAGCUUUCUUAGGUCCCUUCGUAAUAGUGCAGCAAAGAAAAGAGCAAAACUGAGUGGCAGUACUCCUGAUCUUGAAAGCCCUGAUUCUGCAAUUAAGCUUGACUUGACUGUGGACUCACCAUCUCGAUCUUCCUCUCCAAACAUCAGCUCUUAUAGUGAAAGUGGAGUUUACAGCCAAGAAUCACUGACUUCUUCUCUGUCUACAACUCCUCAGGGGAAGAGAAUAAUGUCAGACAUAUUUCCAACAUUUGGAUCAAAACCUUGUCCUACAAGACUUUCUUCUGCAAAGAAUAAAAAUUCUGAGAUAGCUGACCAAAGCCCCAGUGCAGGGUCAUCAUCAAAUUUACAGCAAAUUCCCAGUUUUGACUUCACAUCCACAAAUACCUUACCAGAAGACUCAGUAGUAGUUGUUGGAAAAGGUGUAUUUGGAAGUCCACAUUCAGCACCAGCAGCCUGCAACCAAUCAGUGAUAUCUUCUGUGGAAAAUGGAGAUACAUUUUCAGUUAAACAAAGCAUUGAACCACCAUCGGGGAUUUAUGGAAGAGCAGUCCAGCAAAGUAUUCCAUCAUAUGUUGAUGUUGAGAAUGAAAAGGAUGUUAAAGUUUCUAUUUCAAAAUCUACUUAUGACAAGAUGAGACAAAAGAGAAAAGAGGAAAAAGAACUUUUUGACAUUAAAGAUUGUGAAAAGAAGGAACAGAAUUCCUGGGAGCGAAUGAAACAUACAGGAACUGAGAAAAUGACAUCUGAAUGUGAAGCAUCUCCUGGAGCCGUUCCACAAUAUAAAGAAAGGAUUCCUUCUGUCACUCAUAGUCCAGAAAUAAUGGAUACAUCGGAACUACGGUCAUUUUCCAAACCAGAAAUAGCACUGACAGAAGCCCUGAGGCUUUUAGCUGAUGAGGAUUGGGAGAAGAAAAUUGAAGGACUGAAUUUUAUUAGAUGCUUAGCUGCUUUUCAUUCUGAAGUAUUGAACACAAAGUUGCAUGAAACAAGUUUUGCAGUAGUUCAAGAGGUGAAAAAUUUACGCUCUGGAGUUUCUCGUGCUGCUGUGGUCUGUUUAAGUGAUCUUUUCACUUACCUGAAAAAGAGCAUGGAUCAAGAACUAGAUGCUACAGUAAAAGUUUUGUUGCACAAGGCUGGAGAAUCAAAUACAUUUAUAAGAGAAGAUGUUGACAAAGCCCUGAGAGCUAUGGUCAGCAAUGUAACUCCUGCACGUGCAGUUGUUGCUCUUAUCAGUGGAGGACAAAGCCAUUUACACAUUGCGGUAAGAAGAUGUACAGCCCAGCACUUAUCAGAUGUAGUGGAAUUUAUGGAACCAGAGCGUAUUUUAUCUGGAACAAAGGAUAUGGCUGACCGCAUAUUACCAGCUGCUGCCAAGUUUGCUCAGGACAGUUCACAAGAAACCAGGUACUAUGGUCGAAAGAUGCUUUUCCUUUUGAUGUGUCAUCCAAACUUUGAUAAAAUGCUUGAAAAAUAUGUCCCAUCUAAAGACUUGCCAUAUAUUAAGGAAUCUGUUAAAAGCUUACGGCAAAAGGGUUUGGGAGAGAUACCACUAGAUACUCCUUCAGCAAAAGGAAGACGAUCUCAUACUGGUACUGUUGGAAAUACACGGUCAUCCUUUGUUUCUAGAGAUGCUUUCAAUUCAGCUGAAAGAGAAGUAACUGAAAUUCGUGACAUCACCAGAAAAUCAGUUCCCCGCAAUUCCUUAGAAAGUGCUGAAUACAUUAAAGUCAUAACAGGUUUAUUAAAUGCAAAAGACUUCCGUGAUCGUAUUAAUGGGAUUAAGCAGCUUUUGUCAGAUACUGAAAACAAUCAAGAGCUUGUUGUUGGGAACAUUGUGAAGAUCUUUGAUGCUUUUAAAUCUCGGCUUCAUGAUUCCAAUAGUAAAGUAAAUCUGGUGGCUCUAGAAACAAUGCACAAAAUGAUUCCUUUGCUUAAAGACAACUUAUCUCCUAUAAUCAACAUGCUAAUUCCAGCAAUAGUAGAUAACAAUCUGAAUUCUAAGAAUCCAGGCAUCUAUGCUGCUGCCACAAAUGUUGUUCAAGCACUGAGUCAGCAUGUGGACAAUUAUUUGCUUCUACAGCCAUUUUGCACAAAAGCUCAGUUUUUAAAUGGAAAAGCAAAACAGGAUAUGACUGAAAAGCUUGCUGAUAUUGUUACGGAACUUUAUCAAAGGAAGCCCCAUGCCACAGAACAGAAAGUAUUGGUUGUUUUAUGGCAUCUCUUAGGGAACAUGACAAACAGUGGCUCUUUGCCUGGAGCUGGAGGAAAUAUACGAACAGCCACAGCUAAAUUAUCGAAAGCACUUUUUGCGCAAAUGGGUCAGAAUCUGUUAAAUCAGGCUGCAUCUCAACCACCACAUAUCAAAAAGAGUUUAGAAGAAUUGCUCGAUAUGACAAUAUGA